CAACAGUGGGGCGUUGUGGCGCUCCUCUCCACUCCCCGCCAUGUUCUCUUAGCAGCGGAUCUGACCGCUCCGCCAGCGCGAAAGCGGACGCUCAGCCGCCGCCUCCCUGCGCCCCGUUCCCUUUCCUCUCUUCCUCCCCCCUUCCCACUCCCGACCGCCUUCUCUCUCCUCUUCGUCCUCCGACCCGGACCAUGGUGACCACGAGCGCGCCUGCUGCCCCUUUCCUGGCCCGCCUCCCGCCCGGCGCGGAGGGCGCCCUGCAGUUCCCGGCGGCCUUCUUGUUCCAGCGCCUCCUGCUGCGGGGCGACUUCAGCGAGGGCCCUGGCCAGGCGCGGUGCUGCCCGGCGGCGGGGCACGCGGGGGCUGGCGGCGCGAGGCCGGCGCUCAAGCGCGUGAGGCGGCGGAGGGGCAAGCUGCGCGCGGCCACCGCCUCGGGCCUCUCGCAGAGCCGCUUCCAACAGUACCAGCAGCACCGGAGGAGCGCCGCGCAGUUCCAGCAGCACCCCUCGCCCCCCGCCGCAGAGGCCGCCCCCGCGGAAGAGGCCUCCAGGCCGGCCCCCGCCCCUCCCAGCAAGCCCCUCAGGAAAGAAUUGUUAAAAAACAGAUUGGGAAAGUCCGAAAAUCAGCCUGCCCAUGGUAUGCAUCUUUGUGAGCAAUCAAAGACAAACAGACAGAGGAACAAAUGUAAUAUACCGGUAAACAAAGUCUCAGCUACAAAAAAAGGUGAAAAUAACUUUUGGCAAGAAUCUGUCUCGCCUGAACUCAUUAAAAAGCAGGAAAAGAAGCCCCUGAAGACCACAGAAAAUGUGAAACUGAAGAAACCCAACUUUCUGACUGAAGCCAGCCAAAAAGCAAACUAUGCUGGGGCAAAAUUUAGUGACCCUCCUUCACCCAGUGUCCUUCCAAAGCCUCCCAGUCAUUGGGUAGGAAGCAAUGCUGAAUAUUCUGACCAAAACAAGGAGAUGAUGGCAGUCCAUCUAAAAACUCUGUUAAAAGUCCAAGCCUAGCUCAUGGAUAUUUACAGUGAAUGUACUAGGCAUCUGAAACCAACCUUGUUGCAAAAUCAUGUCCAGAAGACUGUCACGUCUUAAAAUCACAAACUUGUCCUCUAUUUUUUAUGGUUGUGUAAAUAGUGUAUAUCAUGUAAUGUGUAUAUUCAUAUUUUGAACUACAUUUUAGUUUUGUUAUGAAAGGAUGUAUUUUACACUGCCCACGAGGUCAGUGGUUUUGUAUAUAAUAAUGGACACCUUCUCAUGUGCACUUGACAUAUGGAAAGACCUGACAAUGUUUGCACAAGGUACUGAGAUUUUUGUAAAAACCGCUCAUCUCAAGGUUAAAAAAAAGAAAUGUGAAAAUAUAAGUGAUGCACUAUUGGAACAUUUUUCAAAUUGGUGGCACAAGACUUCAUUGCAUAAGAAGCUUUCAUAAAAAUUAUGAAUUUGUUUGAAAUUGUUUAUGGAGUUAAUUCAAUUGCUCCUUGCAAAGAUAAAAUUGGAAUUUGAUUUACAAAAUCCCCCAAAACUUAGCACUGCUUAUUCUCUAACAAAAGAGAAGAGCAAGGCUAUCUGCCAGAAAUAAUUGGCUAUUUUUAAAAAACAAAAAAGCACAGUUUAAAUAAAACAAUUUGGCCUCCCCA